AAGGAAAAAUAAACAAUGUCACUUUAAGACCUGAACAACGCCCUGCUUUUAUUUUGGUAAUUCCGGGGAAAUGAAACUGAGUUUGAUUGAGGAGUAAAACUUGCUCGCUGACGCUGUCAACAACACAGUCAGUCAGCUACACAGCGGAGGGCAGGAGGGAAGGAGGCAGAACUAAGCAUCCAACCAGCAGACCAACAGAACCGGACAAAAUGCGGCUUUGGUAAGAAACGAGCUUUUACUUUGAAACCACCAACUUUUUUUUUUUUACGCCUUUUUCCCAAACAAAAUAUUUCCUGUGUGUUGCAUUAUGUGCUGCAUGGUUUUGUCUUUCAAUGCUUUAUUUAAAAGAUACGUUUUACUUUUGUAUAUGUGUGUUUAUUGCAGAAAAAUAGCUUUCGUGAAUGCAUGACUUUCCCGCAAAGCUGCUGGGAAAACGUUCGCGUGCUGUUCCACUAUUGAAUGACAGGAGGCACUACAGUUUCGUUUACUAAACAGAGCUGCUGAAAACGAAACUUAACUCCAACGCGCCUAUAUAUUAUAUAUAUAUAACGACAAUAGAAUUAUAGUUGGGUUCAUUUUUGUCCACUUUUAAAAGCAAGUAUUUGUUCUCUUUACACAUUAUGUGGUUGCUGACUGGCUGCUUCGUUUGCUCAUUUGCUCGGCCCUCCGCCGUCUACCCUGUGACUGUGGUGUCCACGGUGGGCAGCGAAGUUGUCCUUCCCUGCUGCUGGAAGUCCCAGUUAGAUGAAGCAAGCAUCUCCGCCCAUCAUAUCCAGUGGGUGGCCCCACCUAACACCGUGUUCGAACAGCGGGGCGAAGAGAAGUGGCAGGCCAAGGAAUUUGGGGGCCGACUUCAAGUGCUUGAAGAGAAGCUGGGGUCCGGGGAUUGUUCUCUGGUAAUCAAAGACGUCCAGAUAAGGGACACAGGGAAAUACGAGAGCUUCAUGGUGGUGGAGGCUGUGCAGUCCAAAAGAACCCGGGUCUUCCUUCAGAGCGUCAAACUGUCUGUAACAGAUAACAAAUCCUGGCAGUCUCAUCGUCCAGGUGAAGACUUUGUCAUAGAUCUGCGGACGCCAUAUUCAAUGACUCUGGUCUACCUGAGCAAGAACAGCUCUGAGUGGUCUCUGCUGUGGAUGAGGGAAAAUGAACAAACCAGUGAGCGCUUGGAGAAAAGUCUUUGGGGCGACAAAUUAACGUUGAAGAACCUGAAAUACUCAGAUGAAGGAAUAUACAAAGUUUUAGACGAACAGGGGGUCUCGGUCAGCACAAUAAAGCUCUCCGUUGAAGAAAAAGAACACGACAAGCUGAAAACGUCACAAACAGGUGGGACUGCUCAGAGCAGCUGCUCGAGUGUUUUCAUCUCAACUCUUCUCCUCUGUAGUGUUAUGAUUCUUCAUCUGGUUUGAGGCUCGUCUCUGCCAAGACACUAUUUAUGCAUCAGAUUUAUUUCAAACAUCUUGUCGCCAGAACUGCAAGUGUAAAUAACGUUGUGUGAAAUUCCAAAAGUUGCUCACAAUUUAGAGAAAACUUAGAAGUGUUUCUAGAAAUGUAAUAAAAAUUGAAGUAUUUUUGUCAUUUUCAAUCACAAAAACUUUCUAUUUAAUUGAAAAGAAAAUCGUCAGAAGAUAAUAAAGCAUUUUCAAAACAAUUAGUUGUGAAAAGAGGUAUAAAAUUGUAAGUUAUAUAAGUUUGGGAACAUGAUGAAAACACUAAAAGAGUACAUCCAUUUUUCUAGUAAGUGAUAUAAAAGAACAUUUGCAAAUUAUUUAUAAAUCCUAAUAUAAUUUUCGGAAAAUUUUAUUAUUUUAUUGUGGAAAAAGACAGUUUUUUUUACACAUUCAUGAAUGAAUCCCUUAUAAAAAAGCAACAAAAAAUGAUCUUCCAAAACUGCUAGAUUUAAUCUAGACAGUAAAGGAAGUGCAAAUUGUUAAUUUAAAAAAUGUGAUUAAACAGGUUUCUUCUAAUGAAUAUGUAAAACUUGUUUUUAUGUUCUUAUUACUUUAAAAGUCUUUUUGAAGCAGAUUUUAAACAAGUUAAUUUGUAAUGCAUUUAUUUUCAAUUUCUUUCUUUUUUUUUAAAUCUCUCUUCAAAAAAUGUUUAUUGUGUAGAUCAUAUUUUGUGACUCCUGUAACUUUUCUUUUUUAACUUUGCUGAAUUGGGAAAGCCUCUUUGAAUGAGACGUCUUCAAUGAAGAAGUUGUUUUUCACCAAAUAUUUUAAUGGAAUCAACCUGGAUGAAGGAGGCUACAUACAGAAAUGCUUUAGACUUGAAGAAAAAGCAAAAAUACUGUUUUCCUUUUUUUUUUUUGGCCAGAAUUUAUGGAAAGCUUACUCCCAAUUUCCCCUGAAGUCAACAGUUCCAAAAUGUUUUGCAAAAAAUCUUUAGAAAAGUUGUAUUAAUGUACCUGGAUGUCACCUGGGUUCUGAAAGGUUAUAAUCCUCCAACAACCAAACUAAACAUUUAAAAAAGCAACUUCAAACCUUAAGGAGCCCCUAUAGAGAAGUUGAAGUUAAAAAACAAACAAAACAAAAAAAUUGAAGUAAGUUUUCCCAAAAGUUGAAUAAAAAAAAAGAUUUCUGGUUACUUACAGGUGAACACCAGAUAGUAACUUUACUAUCUGUUGUGCACCAGUUAAUAACCAGAAAUUCUUUCUUAUUUUACUUCAGUUUUUCAAAAAAAAAA